UCUCGCGAUCUUCACGGCUUUUAUAAGUCUGGCUUGUAGUCUCUGACCCACUUCGCUCUACUUCUCACAGCUGGGGUCCGUUUGGGUCUUGGCGCUACUUGCGUCAUGGCCUCGGUUCGCCCCGUGCUUCGGCGCUUAGCGAGUGACGGGGGCCUAGAGCCUUGUUAGUCUCAGCUUUCUGUCCGUGGCGGAGCCUCGGGCUGCGGACGGCCUCUUUCCUCUUCCCUUUCCUCCAUCCCACCCCCUCCUCAGGAGACCUUGCUGUCUGGAGAGCCUCUGCAUGAGAACUGCUUGGGACUCUUUGCUAGUUCAACACUAGCUGCAGAAUGUUUCCUUUUGACAUCUUUGUCUUAUCUGCAUAACUUCCAUAGACCUCACCGUGGAAUCACCUGGAUAUCUAUCUAGAGAAACAUCUGGAUCACAGUCUUUCAUGGAAUCAUCCAGAGAGCCAGACGUGCCUGCUAUUGAGCACAGUACAGGUGGGCUUCUAGGCAAGAUGUCUUUGCCAAUUGGAAUGCAUCGUCGGGCAUUCAGUUAUGAUGAUGUCCUGGAGGAUCCCACACCGAUGACUCCACCUUCAUCUGACAUGUGCAGUAAGGUUCUGUGGAAAAAGCCGGUCAUCCCAGAUCGGAAGUACCAACAGCUUUCCAAGGUUGAGGAAGGAGAAAAUAGUUUCUCCAUAACCCCCUCAGCUUCCAGUGAUCAAAUGAACAAGGUCCCAGUGGUGAAGGCCAAGGCUACGCACGUCAUCAUGAAUUCUCUAAUUACAAAACAGACGCAAGAGAGCAUCCAGCGCUUUGAGCAGCAGGCAGGGUUGAGAGAUGCAGGAUACACUCCCCAUAAAGGCCUCACCACAGAAGAAGCUAAGUACCACCGUGUGGCAGAGGCAGUCCAUAAAUUGAAGUUACAAAAUGGAGAAAUAACAAAAGAAGAUAGACUGACUGCUUCAGCCCAAUCCACUCCAAGUAGUACACCCCAUUCUUCUCCAAGGCAAAAGCCCAGAGGUUGGUUUACUCAUGGAUCUUCUACUUCCUUACCGGGCCUAGAUGUCAGCAGCAUGGACUCUGGAAAUGGAGAUAGAGACAAACCCUCAUCUGAAAAAUGGAGCUUUUUUGGAACAAGAACGCUUCAGAAAUCUGACUCGGGUUUCAGUGUCCAAUCCUUCAGAGGUACUCAGAAGCCAUCACCAAUGGAGCUCAUUCGAGUUCAGGCAACUAGAAUUGCAGAAGACCCAGCAACCUUUAAGCCACCUAAGAUGGACCUCCCAGUGAUGGAAGGAAAGAAACAACCUCCACGAACCCAUAACCUUAAACCAAGGGAUAUGAAUGUGUUGACUCCUACAGGGUUCUAAAGCUUCCUUUUCAUAUGAGCAAAGUUGCUUUCCCUGGUGAACAACUGUUAUAUAGAGAGAGUAUCUUAGAAUUUUUUCUUCCCAUCCACCUUGCACUUGAUGUCAUCCAUUCACAUCCAUUCACGCUAUUUCUGAGGAGAUGUGAUUGUUUCUUAAAAUAUUUGUAGCAAAGCUUGAAUCUUUCUAAUGUCCCCAAAUUGGUCUUAAUAACUUCUCAAAGUACACAACCACAGCCAAUUUCUGAUCUAUAGAACAAGAUGGCAGCGGGAAAGGGAAAUAAUUAAAAUCUAGUAGACUUGUUCUGCAUAUUUAUUUAAGAUAAA